AUGUACUCGCCCGCCAAAUCGCCCAUAGUGGACGUCACCGAGACGCUCUCCAUGCAUAGUGAUCUGGACUAUGAUGCGGAGCCAAGCGGCAAUCCGGUGUAUACGAUGGCUGCAACACAUAAUUUACGCCUGCCGCUGCCCGGACUCGCUUUACCCAAUCUCUUGGCAGCCAAGUCCAAUGGCACACUACCUGCCUUUGAAUAUAUUGCUCAACCGAAUCAUGCAAUGCAGUCUCUAGACUUUCCGCUGAUGGAGCUGAAUCGUGUUGGCAUGUUUCCGGGAUUUCUGCAUCGGCGAGCGCGCGGCGAGAAGCGACCCAUUCCGGAUGCCCAGAAAGAUGCCAAAUACUAUGAGCGACGCAAGCGCAAUAACGAGGCAGCCAAGAAGUCGAGGGAUGCUCGCAAAAUACGUGAGGAUCGCAUUGCAUUCCGUGCCGCGCUCCUCGAACAGGAGAACUCCAUACUUCGCGCCCAGAUCCUUGCCCUACGCGAUGAGCUGCAGACAGUGCGACAACUACUGGGUGCGACAACGGGCGGCAUGCUGGGCGUGGCAAGGGCAGUCUGAUGCCAAUGC